AACAUCAAUCCACUGUGUUAUCCGACAAAUGGACGACGAUAAAGAAGGCAAAAUCACCGACUCAGGUGAACUCGCUCAUGACUGGGCCGAGUUGACUCACGAGUGCCUCAUCAACAUCCUCUCGCGCCUCUCUUUGGAGGACCGGUGGCGGGGGAUCAUGCGGGUGUGUAAGACGUGGUUGCAGGCAUGCAAGGACCCGAACCUCAACUCCGUGUUCGAUCUCGAGACUUAUAUCGAUUCGGCCAAUGAGUUUCCACGAUUCUGGACCCCAGCGUUUGAACGUCGGGUCGAUAACAUGGUCCGAUCUGUCGUCAUCUGGAGCGAUGGGUCCCUUACCGAAAUACGUGUUAGACACUGCUCGGAUCGCUCCCUCUCUUUGAUUGCUCAGAGGUGUCCAAAUAUUCAAGUUCUCUCUAUCAAGAGCUGUCCUAAUGUCUCUGAUGUAGUUAUGGCUGAAAUGGCUUCUGGGUGUCCCAAGCUUAAGGAGCUCGAUAUCAGCUAUUGUUAUGAAAUAUCUGACAAGUCUUUGGCAAUCAUCGGAUCGCGAUGUCCUAAUUUGCAAAUUCUCAGGCGGAAUCUGAUGAAUUGGUUGGAUCCUUCACAACAUGCUGGAAUUGUUCCCAACGAGUAUCUAGAUGCCUGUCCCCAGGAUGGGGAUUCAGAAGCUGCUGCCAUUGGAAAAUUUAUGCCUCAUCUUGUGCAACUUGAACUCCGGUUCUCAAAGUUGACGGCCAAAGGACUUGCUCUGAUAUCUGAAGGAUGUUUGGACCUUGAGCAUUUUUAUCUAUCUGGAUGCGCGAAUGUCACUAGUCGUGAUAUUGCAACAGCAACAUCGAAUCUGAAGAAGUUGAAAUAUAUCGAGAAGCCCAACUUUUAUAUCCCGAGGUCUGCGUACAGCUUUGAAAGAUAUGGUCAUUGGCAAUUAUAUGAUGAGCGUUUCCAAACGGAUGUGUUCAGAAUUUGACGAGAUUGAGAAAGAAGAUUCUGCAAGAUUUAUUGCUGUCAAGCUACUGGUUAUCAGACCAGUAUUUCUAAUAAUAUGAUCUCUAUCUGUUGUAGACGUACGAUGGAAGUCUUGGUAGCUUCUCGAUUGCUUUUGACCAUUUUUUGUUUAAAUUCAAACUAGAGCUACUGUUGCACGAUUUUUUUGUUAGAAAUUUGGUCCUGCCAAUAAUCUGAUAAUUCAUACCGUCAA